AUGAAAUAUACUGAACACAGUAUUGAUCUUGAUCAUGAAGGUAAGGAUGAAACAUCGGCAUUGUUUCCCUAUCCAUUUACCUUUCGUACCCGGGAACAAUUACAAGAAUAUUUUGUUAAAGAACUAACCAAGAACCGAGUAGUAUAUGUUAUCAAGAUCGUGCUAGGAUCACUUACACUGGUCUUGCCGUUAUUAAAUGUGUUUAUGGUCUAUCGAAGUGUAGUUUAUCAACGAGAAGAUUUUGGUGAUACUUAUUCAGCGUUUCAUUCCAUUAUAUUCUAUGGUGAAUUUGCUUUGGUGCAUGUUACAGUAUUUUUUGUUUUGAUUGAUUUCCUCUAUCAUAAACUCAAAAGUCGUCAAUCAUUAUUUUCGAAUAAAGGUGAAUGGGUGAACCUUCUCGAUGUCGAGUUUACUUUCAUGGCGUUCAAUUUAANUACGCGACAAUCUGGGUAUUGA